UAUCUAUCCAUGCAUAUAUACCUAUUCAAAUGACAAAACUGAGCCAGUUCCAAAUAACAAACUGGUCUAUUAGCCUAGGUUCAGGCGAUGCUGACAAGCCUCAUGUCUACCUAGGUAGUCACGUGCUCCAAAGUAGUGUCGUGGUACCUGCCAAUUUCGAUCAGCUUUUUCGGAGGCAUGUUCGGAGUACACAUUUUCUUCCGUGGCGUCGCGGGAAUCGCCGUUGCACAACCUUUCCGGUUGCUUUUUCUCUCGUUCCCUUGCUCCAUUCGCCAUCUGCAGCGACUAUCCAGAUCUGGGCGGCUUAUUUCCAUGAACAUAGGCAUGUGCCACCUUGCGCCUUAAUCUGGACACAAUUCUCCAGGUCAAUCUCUGUCGUGAUUGCAACGAUCUUUGCUUGCACCCCGCCGGUUACAGCAAUCGCCUCCCCGCAUUUGAUGAAAGCGCAAUCUCCGGAAGUCGUGGCCGCUGCCGACCUUAGCCCACUCUCACCUUCUCCCCUCCACACUUCUUCUCCCAGGACCGUCUUCAAUCUCCAGGACCACGCCAAAACUCUUGACGUAGCAUCUCUGGACUCGCCUGCGGCAGCCAAAUACGCCACCAUGGCCUUCAACCCGGAACCAGCAGAAAUGUCCGACACCAUAGUAGUUGGCGGUGAUUACUCAGAUGAUUCCCAGGGUUUGAGUGUCGCCGAUGAUGACAGCUUCGAUGCUUACAGCGAGGGCGAUGAUGGACAGGCGCAGAAGAACCAGCCAGAUGUUGGCAACGAUGACUAUGCGAGAACCUUUGAUUCUCCGCCCCAAGCUCAGAAUGAGGAUGAGUCUGAUGAGCCUGUGCAUGAGCAUGAGCAUGAGGCUGAGCCUGCAACUCAACCAGAUGUACCGAAGGCAUCAGAAUCCAUGAAUAGUUCCUCCGCACCUGAUACCUUGAAGAGCCAGUCCCCAGCUGCCGCUGCCGCUCCUGCUUCUCCUCCUGCCCCCAUUUCUCAUUCGUCACCAUCCCCAGACUCUUCCCGCCCAGGCAGCCCAGUCCAGCAACAUCUCGGCUCUACCGAGAACUCUACCGAGCCAUCAGCCGAGCCCGGUGCUGCCGCUGCGGAGGCGCCACCGCCAGAGCCUGCUGCCGACAACUCCCUCAAGUCUCCGGCCAUCACCUCUGCCGGGGAGGAGCCCGCAUCUGCCUCUGCCGGAGAUGAUAAAUCCACUGUUGAUAUCCAGAAGUUGGUAGACGAUAUUACUGCCAGGGCCACUACAGCCUCUGCCGCGAACCCACCCACGUCCCAAUCCCCUCCUACCGUCUCUCAACCACUCCCUGCUCCUCUGAAUGUAUCUCAGCCCACCUCGCUUCCUCCCAGACCCUCCUCGCCUGCCCGUCAGUCCGACCAGCCCAUUUCGCGGCCCGAAGAUUUUCAUCCCUUCCAAUCGCAGACUGCCAAUCCACAUGCGCCUCUUGCCCCAGGGCUGCCUGGCCCCCCUGCUGCUGCGGCGCAAGCCAUCCCGCAUACCACGUAUAUGGCUGCCGCGCCACCUGGCACCACGAAUGAUGCCAUCUCCUCUCUGCCACCGCCCCCGUCCACGUCCUUCAAUGGCUCCCAGCCCUUCGCCUCUUUGGCCCACGUACAGCCAACUGCCCCCGCCGGGGGAAACGUUCCGGGGGAUGGUCAUCGCCUCCAAGCUCAGCAAGCCUGGGAGGCAUUCCAGGCCGAUGAGAAGCGGUACAUGACCGAGGCCAAAUGGGAGAGGUUUCCUGACGGUUCCCGCAUAUUUAUUGGAAAUCUCUCGAGCGAGAGGGUCUCCAAAUCCGAGGUAUUUGAACUGUUCCACAAGUUUGGACGCCUAGCACAGAUCUCUCUGAAGAGCGCAUAUGGCUUUGUCCAAUAUCACCAUGUCGCGGAUGCCCAGGCUGCUAUGCAGCAUGCACAGGGAGCCGAGCUCGGAGGGCGCAAGAUACACCUGGAAUAUUCUCGCAUGCAGAAGAAGAAGGAGGAGAAGGAACGCUCACCCGAUCGUAGGAAUCAACGUGGAGACCGCGGUGGUCGAGGUGCGGAUCGCUACGAUGGCAGAGAGAAAGGUCGAAGGGGGAGGGAUGACUAUCGGCCCGGGCGGUCCGCAUCACCGCGCCGGGACGACACAUAUGGGCGCGACCGCAAUCAUUUUCCAUCGGUCGACCGCAGCUCACGGGGCCGGUCUCGGUCCCCCCCGCGCCAUGGGCGACAUAAUAGCGAUCAGUACCGGCGCAGGAGUCCUAGCCCUCGGCGGCAUGGGCCGUCAGAGGGUGACCGUCUAGAUAUUCCGCGACGGUACGGUGACGAGGUUCCAGACGUCCAGCUUCUCCUGCUUCAGGAAGUGGAGCGGGACUUCGUUAGCUGGGUCCAAAGAGGAUUCCUGGACAGGGGCCUGAGAUCCGACGUUAUGUUCCUCAAUCCCCGGUUCCCCCGCGACGCGGUCCUGCAAAGGCAGGUCCUGGAAGGUGUGCAUGGCGUAAUCGAACUUGACUUGCGGGCGCAAACCUUGGGCAAGAUACCCCUCCAAGUCUUUGAUCGGUCAGCAGGCAUCAACAACGUCCGCUUUGAUCAGUACCAGGACCUCGAUCCCAAGAUAGCCGCCGAACUUGUCUACCGUACCAAGACUCAAGCGGCACCCCAGCCGCCGCACCCGGCCGCGCCCGCAUACCCGCCGAACCAGUAUGGCCAGCCGCCGUACCGCUAUCCGGGUCAGCCUGCCGGAUACCCAUAUCAGACACCACACGCGCCGGCCCCAGCGCCCCACCACCAACCAGCAGCAUCAGCUCAGGAUAUCGCAUCCGUAGUUGGACAGCUAGAUAACACGGCGUUGCAGGCCCUUCUGGCGUCUCUCCAAGGUGGCCAAAGCACCGCCGCAGCGCCGUCAACCAUUCAACCACCUGGAGCCAACCAUGCAGUCGUCGCACAGAAUGCCCAGAUAGACAUCAACGCUCUGCUGGGCCGCCUCGGGGCAGCCCCGGCGGCGCCGUCAGGACCGGCCGGCAUGGCAAACUACGGAGCUCAUCCGGCGUACGCCUUGGCCGGGGGCUCUCACCCCCUCCCACCAGGCGCAGGCGGCCCUGCGCCUGGUCUGGCUUCCGGCGAGGCGGACACGGCACAGCAGGUCCAGAACAUCAUGGCCACGUUAUCUAGGUACCGACAGUGACAUGGCGUUUAAGUGUCCAGCUCGGCUCUUCUCCUCUCUUCUUGCUAGGCGGGUCCAAACCCGCUUUGUUGGGAAUGCUUGAAGUUUCUUUCCUAGAAGUCUUAGGGCAGAGUUACGGUAGACUAGGUUAGAUGGCUGGAGGAAUAAAAAAAAGGCGCUUUUAGAGGUAUCGUAGCAUCAUAUAGCGGAAAGAAAAUAAUGAGUUAGUUAAUCAAUCCCAUCAAUUUUCCCCUGCACGCGCUGGUG